AUGGCAAAAGAGCAGAAAAUAAUGGAUGAGACAGAGAAGGUCUUCUGGUUUUUGCAGGGUGCCAGGGUAUGGCUGCGGGAGCAGGACCAGCUGCAGCCAUGCACUAUUGGCUCAUGUACCGAUGGAAAUGUCCUCUUCACCUCAGAUUAUGGCACGGUAUUCCAGUGCCCCAAGGCCUCCCUUUCCAGAGGAAAGGUCUUGCCAAUGCACCAGACCAGCGUUGAUGGGGUAGAAGACAUGUCCAUGCUGGGAGAUCUGCAUGAAGCUGCCAUCCUGCUUAACCUGCACCAGCGCUACCAACAGGGUAACAUCUAUACAAACAUUGGUUCCAUCUUGGCAUCAGUAAAUCCCUACAAACCCAUCCCUGGUCUGUACAGUGUGGAUGCCAUAGACCUGUACAGACAGCACCGCCUGGGUGAGCUGCCUCCCCAUAUCUUCGCCACUGCUAACGAGUGCUACUGCUGCUUGUGGAAGCGUCAUGACAGCCAGUGUGUUCUGAUAAGUGGAGAAAGUGGAGCUGGAAAGACUGAGAGCACCAAGUUGCUGCUGAAAUUUCUGUCAGCCAUGAGCCAGACCUCCCUCGGGGCCUCCCCAUCUGAGAAGAGUACUCACGUGGAAGAAGCCAUCCUGGAAAGCAGCCCCAUUCUGGAAGCCUUUGGAAAUGCCAAGACAGUUUAUAACAACAACUCCAGCCGCUUUGGCAAGUUCAUCCAGCUGCACUUCUCUCACCAUGGACACAUCCAGGGAGGCCGAGUAACUGAUUAUUUACUGGAAAAGAACAGAGUGGUACACCAGAACCCCGGAGAGAGGAAUUACCACAUCUUUUAUGCUCUGCUAGCUGGUGUGAGUGGGGAGCAGAAAGAGAGCCUCUCCCUCUCUGAGCCAGAGACUUAUCGCUACUUGAACCAGUCUGGUUGUGUGACUGAUGAGAAUCUGAAUGAUGUAGAGAUGUUCAGUAAGGUCAUGACUGCCAUGAAGGUGGUGGACUUCAGCACUGAAGAAAUCAGAGACAUCUUCAAGCUUCUUUCUGGCACACUUCAUUUGGGAAAUGUUGAAUUCAUGACAGCUGGUGGGGCCCAGGUUACAACGAAAGCAGUGCUGAACAUUGCCAGUGACCUCCUGGGCUUAGACGCCUUUCAGCUUUCUGAAGUACUGACACAGAGGUCCAUGAUUCUGCGUGGGGAAGAGAUCAGCUCCCCUCUCACUGUGGAGCAGGUAACUGACUCCAGGGACUCCCUCUCUAUGGCGCUCUAUUCCCAGUGUUUUUCAUGGCUUAUUAGCAAGAUUAAUACGAAGAUCAAAGGCAAGGAAAACUUUAAGUCUGUGGGCAUCCUGGAUAUCUUUGGCUUCGAGAACUUUCAGGUGAAUCGCUUUGAGCAGUUUAACAUUAACUAUGCAAAUGAGAAACUCCAGGAAUAUUUCAACAAGCACAUCUUCUCCUUGGAGCAACUGGAGUACAACAGGGAAGGGAUAAACUGGGAAGCCAUUGACUGGAUGGAUAAUGCAGAGUGCCUGGACCUUAUCGAGAAGAAACUGGGUCUACUGGCCUUGGUGAAUGAAGAGAGUCGAUUCCCCAAAGGCACAGACAACACCCUUCUGGAAAAACUUCACAGCCAGCAUAUGAGCAACCACUACUAUGUGAAGCCUCGGGUAACAGACCAUCAGUUUGGCAUAAGACAUUAUGCUGGGGAGGUGCUGUAUGAUGUGAGAGGCUUUCUGGAGAAGAACAGAGACACCUUUCGAGAUGACAUUUUAAACAUGCUGAAAGACAGCAGGCUGGACUUCAUCUAUGACCUUUUUGAAAGAGUCUGCAGUCGUUGCAGUGAAGAGACACUGAAGAUGGGCACCCAGAGGCGCAGACCGACUGUCAGUUCCCAGUUCAGGGAUUCUCUCCAUUCCUUGAUGGCCACGCUUAGUACUUCCAAUCCAUUCUUCAUCCGCUGCAUCAAACCAAACACAGAAAAGGCGCCAAACCUCUUCAAUCCAGAUGUGGUGCUGAAUCAGCUCCGGUACUCUGGGAUGCUGGAGACAGUGAAAGUUCGAAGAGCAGGUUUCCCUAUACGGCGCCUUUUCCACGACUUUCUCAGCAGGUACAAGAUGCUUGUGAAGGGGCCAAGUCUCUCAGACAACAGCAAAGCUGUGUGUGCAGGCUUUCUUCAGACCUAUGACAGCAGCAAGAAAGAAUGGCAGUUGGGUAAAACCAAGGUUUUCCUGAAGGAAGCUCUUGAGCAGAAGCUGGAGAAGGAUCGGGAAGAGGAGUUGAGGAAAGCAGCUGUAGUCAUCCGGGCCCACGUCUUGGGCUACAUGGCAAGGAAGAAGUAUCAAAAGGUGCUAGCCAGUGUUGUUAUAAUCCAAAAGAACUACCGCGCAUACUUCUGGAAGAAGAGCCUGCUGCGACUGAAGGCCUCUGCCGUCACCCUGCAGAAGCACUGGCGUGGCCGCCUGGCUCGCAGCCUCUACCAGCACCUGCUGCAGCAGGAACUCAGGCGGAAGGAGGAAGCAGAGGAGAGAAGGAGGCAAGAAGAGGAAGAACAGAUCAGAAGAGAGGAAGAGGAAAGACAAUGGCAAGAAGAGGAGGAGCGUAGGAGGAAACAGGAGGAGGAAGAGGUGAAGGAAAGAGAAAAGGAGCAACUGAAUGCACUACUCCAGGUGGCUCAGGUGGAAGCAGUAGAGACUGAGGAGGUAGAUAUUCCUCUGCAAGAAGAAGAGAGACGUCAGAUGGAGGAGAUCUUAAGACUGGAGAAGGAGAUUGAGAAGUUGCAGCAACAGAAAGAGGAUCACAUGUCUAUCAUCUGUGAAAACACUAGGAAUGAAAUCAACCGGCAGCGAGAAGAAGAGAUCCAGAGGCUGGAAAAGGAGGCAUCUAGGGUUGCCCAGGAGUUCUUGGAGCUGCUGGAUUUUGGCAAUCUGGAUGAAAGUGUGCAGAACUUAGAGCGCUCACUUUCUAGUGAGGGCACACUCAACAUUGACUGCAGCCUGGUGGCACCACUGGCUGAAGAAGAAGUAGAUGAGGGUUUUCAUGCUGAUGACGAAGGACGGCCAACUUCCAGUUUGGGGGUCCUGAAUCAGCACGGCACAAGAAACAGUGAUAACUACUCAGAGGAAGUUGUGGACACAAGCCUUUCGCUUCUCCAAAGGGAUGUGAGAGAGGUUGUCCCUGCUCCAGGACAACCUGUGGAAAGAACUGCUAGCCCCGAGGAGCAGAGAGCUCUAUCUGACCCAGCAGAAAGCAUUUACAGCACUGUCUCAGAUAAGCAGAGGAGUAACAGUGGAGAGAUGGGAGAGCCAAUUUACACUUCGCCCCCAGAUGUAGAGUCUGACUACGACCAUGAGGAGUUUGAUGGCUGUGGAGAUGCAGGUAGCGCCUCAGCUGAGCCUCUGAAUGGUGAGGAAGGUCUGAGACACUCCCAUGGUACCAGCCUGGACUCCAACCGUGGCAGCCUGGACUCGUUCCUGGACAGUGAAGAAGAAGUGGAUGUUUACAUUGACACAGAUGAAGAGUUUUGUAAUGGACGAAUCACGAUCUUCAAUGGCUCAGGACCACCCUAUUUUCACAGCUAUCUCUACAUGAAAGGAGGUCUCAUGAACCCAUGGAGGCGGCGCUGGUGCGUUCUGAAGAACGAGGCCUUCAUGUGGUUCCGCACCAAGCAAGAGGCACUGAAGUCAGGCUGGCUCUAUAAGAAAGGUGGAGGCAUGUCAACACUUUCACGCCGCAACUGGAAACGCCGUUGGUUUGUGCUUCGAGAAUCCAAGUUGAUGUACUUUGAAAAUGAUAGCGAGGAAAAGCUGAAGGGGACAAUUGAUAUCAGAAGGGCAAAGGAGAUUGUGGACAUUCAUGAAAAGGAGAAUGCCUUGGACAUUGUGACAGAAGACAGAGUUUAUCACAUUGUCGCAGAGUCACCAGAAGAUGCCAGCGGUUGGUUUAAUGUCCUGAGCCGAGUACACAGCGCUACAGCGCAGCAGCUGAGGGAAAUGCAAGAUGAACAGGCCAAUCCAAAGAAUGCUGUGGGGACCCUGGAUGUUGGUCUUAUUGACUCUGUCUGCGCCUCAGACAAUCCUGAUAGACCGAAUUCUUUUGUGAUCAUCACAGCAAAUCGAGUGAUUCACUGCAACAGCGACACCCCUGAGGAGAUGCAUCACUGGAUCUCCCUGCUGCAGAAACCAAAAGGCGAAUCUAAGGUUGAUGGCCAGGAAUUCCUUGUGAGAGGCUGGCUUCAUAAAGAGGUUCAGAGCAGCAACAAGAUGUCCUCUCUGAAGAUGAAGAAACGCUGGUUUGUUCUGACAAACACUGCCCUCGAUUACUACAAGUCAUCUGAGCGCACAGCUGCCAAGCUUGGCACACUUGUGCUCAAUAGCCUCUGCUCUGUAGUGCAGCCUGAUGAGAGGGUCUUCAAAGACACAG